UAACCACAUCCACUUGCUUCUCUCUCCACACUCUUCAAGUGUCACCCAAAACCCUCCACUUCAAAAUCAUCGAACCUGAAUCAAAUCUGCUUGCUACGAGUAUAUAAAACCAAGUACAACUGUCUGAUAUCAUCUCUCUCUCCGUCAAGUCUCUACUUCUCUGCUCUUGUAGACAGACUGUGUGUGUCUUCUCUUAAUGGCGCCUGCCGAUUUUUCUAACUAGGAAUCAGGUAUUUGUACGAGCAAGAAAGAGCUGUGAUUUCACUCGAUUCUUCAUCGGAUUUGUAAUUCAUUAUGGAUUUCGCUAAUUUACCUAUGGAUUUGAAAGAGAUUAAAUUAUUCAAUGUUGGAAUCUUAAUUGUGGCGACAUUAGUCGUUGCUAAGAUCCUUUCUAGUCUUUUCAUGUCUGGAUCUAAGAAAAACUUACCUCCAGUUGUCAAAGCAUGGCCAUUACUAGGUGGAUUAGCUAGAUUUAUGAAAGGUCCAAUUAUAAUGCUUAGAGAAGAGUAUCCAAAACUAGGUAGUGUUUUCACUGUGAAUCUAGUUAAUAAGAAGAUUACUUUCUUUAUUGGACCUGAAGUUUCAUCACAUUUCUUUAAAGCUCCUGAAACUGAUCUUAGUCAACAAGAGGUUUAUCAAUUUAAUGUGCCUACAUUUGGUCCUGGUGUUGUUUUCGAUGUGGAUUAUUCGGUUCGGCAAGAACAGUUUCGAUUCUUUACUGAGUCAUUGAGGGUGACUAAGUUGAAAGGAUAUGUGGAGCAGAUGGUUUCCGAAGCUGAGGACUAUUUCUCAAAGUGGGGUGAGAGUGGUGAAGUGGACCUCAAGUAUGAAUUGGAACACCUAAUUAUUUUGACCGCAAGUAGAUGCCUCUUGGGUCAAGAAGUCCGAGAUCAGCUAUUUGAUGACGUAUCUGCUCUCUUCCAUGACCUUGAUGCUGGAAUGCUCCCAAUUAGUGUCAUUUUCCCUUACCUUCCCAUCCCAGCUCAUCGCCGUCGUGACCAUGCCCGCAAGAAACUUGCACAGAUCUUCGCUAGAAUCAUUGCAUCACGUAAACAAACAGGAAAAUGUGAAAAUGACAUGCUUCAGUGCUUUAUUGACUCUAAAUACAAGGAUGGUCGGCCGACAACUGAACUCGAGGUCACUGGUCUCCUCAUUGCUGCUCUGUUUGCUGGUCAGCACACUAGUUCCAUUACCUCUGUUUGGACAGGAGCUUACCUUUUGAAGAACAAGCAAUUUUUAUCUGGAGUCGUGGAUGAACAGAAAAACCUGAUGAAAAAGCAUGGCGGUAAAAUCGACCACGACAUUUUGUCAGAGAUGGACACUUUACAUCGAUGUAUCAAAGAAGCUUUGAGGCUUCAUCCCCCAUUGAUUAUGUUAUUACGUAGCUCACACACCGAUUUCGAUGUAACGACCAAGGAAGGAAAAGAAUACCACAUCCCAAAGGGUCACAUAGUCGCUACAUCCCCAGCAUUCGCCAAUCGACUCCCACAUAUCUACAAGAAUCCAGAUAGUUACGACCCUGAUCGCUUUGGACCUGAUAGGGAAGAGGACAAGGCAGCAGGAGCGUUUUCCUACAUUUCAUUUGGAGGUGGAAGACAUGGAUGUCUUGGUGAACCCUUUGCAUAUUUACAAAUCAAGGCAAUAUGGAGUCAUUUGCUGAGGAAUUUUGAAUUCGAGCUGGUCUCACCCUUUCCAGAGAUUGAUUGGAAUGCGAUGGUUGUUGGUGUGAAAGGCAACGUGAUGGUUCGUUACAAGCGACGAAAGCUUGUUCCAGGUGACGACCUAUAGUCGACUUGUGCUCCCGGGAUCUGAAGUAGUUAGCAAGUGCUUGGUUUGUUCAUUUUAGCUUUUCUUUAAACUUUGGCAUGCAUGCUUCUCUCUUCGUUUUAACUUUCGGAUAUCUUUUUGUGUCUUGUUAAAUAUUCUGUUUUCUCAAUGAAUUUCUAGGUUUUCCUCAUUA